AUGGCCAUGCGUGGACCGCGACUCCAGGUCGGAUCGACCGCCUGGGUCGCUGAGGAACGAUCCUGUGCGAAGCAAAUUGUCGAAUCCGAGGUUGAGGAAUUCUCUUUCUCCGCCCGAAAUGAGCUGGACUGGCUCAAUGAGCACAUGGCAGGAAUAUUCGACGAGAAUCAGCUCAACAUCGCAGAGACCUUCAAGACUCCCGGAAAGCUUCGAGGCAAGACUCCGAGGACAGCACGCAAGCCCAUUGCUUCAGAGGCGCGUCAACCACUUUCCGAUGUCUUCGCAUCCACUCCGAACGGAUCGACGAACCGAUUCGCCCAGGAACUGAGCCGCAUGCAAUCCCCGAAAACCACGGCGGCCAUAGAAAGCGCAUCACCGAGCCCUGUAAAAGCUGUAGUGGCGAAGGAUCCGAUCGCGAAACCUACCGGUGGCCCAAGCCAGGAUUCCGGAUAUUUUGGGAGCCAAGCGACUUAUGUGGGCUCAUUUGCGGGAGAUGAUGAACUUGCCGCAACCCAGUUCUCGUCGCCUGAGCUACCAGGAUCAACCGGUGUACAUUCAGUCAGGCAAAGCAAUGGGCCAAUAGUGAUUCACAACAAUUUGCCAACACAACCUACGGACGCCGCGGGAGAUGCGCAGAGCGCGGGUGCUGCGGCGGAUGCAGUAGCUCGUGAGCCAUCUUCGCGACAUGCAGUAGCCAUGGUGGAAUCUGGUGAUGCAAGGGGGCCUGCAGAGGACGUCGCGCCAGACGCACCCUCAGUACCUGAAAGCACUUCCUCACCGCAAUUUCCUACCAAGGAACCUUCAGAACAUGGCGAGGAAGAGAUUGACUCUCCCUUCGCCUCAGACGAUGCGCAAUCAAAAUCCGAUGCUUCAAGUCCUCUUCAACCUGUCGUGCGGAAGAGCAGCAUUCACUUCGCAUCUUUGCCGGCGCGAGAGCCCAUGACCGGCGGUAAAGCCACCGGUGCAAGGACUUCAAGAUUGAGCCAUCUCGACCACAACAGAAGGAGCCACUUUGGUCGCCAGGCGGACGACAAGACCGCGGGCCAUCACACACAGAGCGGAACCGAAGAAGUUGGGGAUCAUCGGGAACCCAUGGAGAUUGACGAUCAAGGCAGUGCAGACAAACCAUCGACAGUCUUGAAUCACAACAAGACCUAUACGCAGAGACUGCAGGAUCAGAUCAACCGGUUGGGUAAAUCACAGCCAAGACCUUCCAAGUCUGUUCAUUCGGUCCAAGUUCCCGAUGUCACAGGUCCCCCACCAGUCGAAGGGCCCAAGUCACCAUCUCCCAAGACAAAAGAACCCGCAACGACGACUCCGGGAGCUUUCCCAGAGGACGAGGACGAGGAGGAAGACGAUUGGGUCAGCCAGCCUCCACCAACAGCUGCGGCAGUUGCUGAGCAAACGCAAAGUCCUAGACCGGCUUUGCCAAAGAGCCACACAGCAGAUGUCAUGGAAGGUAUCCACGAUGCGGAUUAUGUUGGUGGCGCGAUGCUUGCGCCGUCGACUACAGAGCAAGAGGAACGAGCAGUAUCGCCCCAGCGGAAGCCCGCGACUGGCCUUGGACAUGGCAAGUCUGCGUCCGUCUCAGUAGCCCCAAUGAUUGCGCCGGACAUUGCUGAGCAGACACUGCCGCUGACGAAAGCGACAUCGAUUUCCAAUGCGUCUAUCAUGGAUCCCUCUGGGUCCAAGAGCCCAGCGAAAACACCUUCGCGUGGAUUCCGGGAUAGCCCGCUGAAGCAGGUCAAGAACAAGCUCUCUUCCAUCUUGAAGAGCUCGAGGGGCCUACUUGCGAGCAGCGCAGCUUUGAGUGCCGAGAGCAAAACGUCGAUGCUCUCCCCUUCCACUACUCGAUUAGCCGCCCAUGCUGGUGCCUCCGCCUCGACUUUGUCGUUGGCAUCAAAGAACCAGGGUGAUUCAGAGGAUGUUGGCAAAGGUGCACCCGUGGCACGACGCACGCGAGCAUCAACUGAGCGCGAAAAGGAGGAGAAGCGUGUUGAGAAGGAAACUAAGCGUAUGGAGGAACAGGAACUGAAGCUCGAGAAGGCAAGGGAGAAGGAGAGGGUAAAAGCUCGCGUCUUCAGCAAAGAGCAGGAGAGAGUGAUAUCCAUGGAGCAGCAAAAGGAGCAGCAGCUGCCACCACCAACUGCUGCCAAGGAAUCCUCAAAAGCAACGAGAAGCAGCCCUCGCAAAGCCCAGCGACCUGUAGAGAUGUCAGACCUGCCAGAUGAUCACGACAUUGAUAUGGCUGAUGCUGCACCUGCAGCGCCGCCAGCUUCGUCAACCAAGACCGCCGCCCCCAGCCAGAUUGCAAGAAAGGAGAUCAAGAGGCCAACGAAACCCACGAGAGAUGCACAACCAAAGCCAAAGCAAGCUCCGACUGUCAUUCGCGUAAACACCGGCUCGCAACAACCACUGUACCAGGCCACUGCCCAGAGUUCAAUUGCUGUUCCGGAGACGCCCGUCACGACCCAGCUCGGCAGCAAGGCAAGCAAGGCAUCAUUGCAACGUCAGACUUCCGUGCAGAACCUGAAGGGUGCGUCGUCCGCCCCCAGGCCUAAGGCGCUAGAUCUCGCAGCGAAGAAGAAGGAGCAAGAUGAGAGAGAAGCCCAGCGUCGCCGUGAGGCCAAGGCCGAGGUAGAGCGGAAGAGGGCCAUUGCGCUGGAGGAGCAGCGCAAGCAAGAGCAGCGCCGACAAGAAGCCGAGCGACAGAAGCAGAAGAGCCGAGAACAAGCUGCUGCGCACGCGGAGGCCAAGCAGAGCGCCCACAGACAGGCCAUGAUCGAGAAGGCUAAGCAGACCAGAGCGCCGCCACCAGCGGUACGGUCGCAGCCCAACGGGCCGCCUAGCCACGGCCACCUUUCUCAGGAUCGAUCAGUGGUGGCUGGCCAGCCCUCGCGUCCGCCUUCACGGAUGGGAUCGGAAAUCGGCCGACCCAUGUCCACAGCACCAGCGGCGAAGCCAGGCUUGAAGCGAACCAUGGGUCCCAACGAUGACGCACAGAACCAAGCUAGGAGACCCCCCUCCAGAGGUGGCCAGAGCUACCAGAUGAAGGAGGCGAAGCGUCGCCGGACGAGCCAAGACCACGACGAACUCGACAAUGAACCACUGCCUAACAUCAGGGGGCCUCCAGUGCGGCCUUCAGCGGGGCUUAAGAUGGAUAUGUCCAAGAAGUCAGCUUUCCAGACCAGCUAUACGAGCAACCAAUCUGGACCGGCACGAGACUUGUUCAAGGCGACCGUUACUUCUCAGCACCACGGUCAAGCGAAACUCGCGCACCCGCGAGACAUGGCCCAGAUAUCCAAAGGAGCGAUACCCUUUGCUCCGAAUGCCAACCCGGCUGGUCCAUCUCACAAGACGCCGAGCCACGCUUCGGGCUCGUACAUUGCCAAGUCCGGGGUCAAACCAGCGCAAAAGUCGUCGCCUCGUUUCCAGAAUGGCGAAGCAAUCGAGCUGCCAGAGAUCAAUACGGAUGACGAGGACGAGAGCGAGGACGAGGCGCGCAACACGAUGAUGGCAGACUGGGCAGACUCGCCCAACCUCCGAGGUGCUCUGCUACGACAAGAAACGGUCGACCCAUCACAGAUCUUUGGUCCGCCCGCUCCCUUGAAUAUGGAAGAGGUGUUCAACAAGAGCAAGGACAGGUGGCACAAGUUCAGGGCGAGAACGUCCAGCGCCAAUUGGAGCGGCUUGGAUCGUCUGACGGAAGACGAUAUAAGGAAAGAUCUGGCAGCUCGAGAUAAGAUUCGACGAGACGGUGGCUGGUCGUAUGAGCUCAGCAAGGAUGUGGUCUGA